AUGAUCAGCCCGGAGCUGAGGGAAAAGUUGCAACUGUACAUCUCUGCGUCAAAACAGACCAUCACAGUCGUUCUGCUGGUGGAAAGACAAAAGCAGCAGAGGCCAAUCUACUUCGUGAGCCAUAGCCUCACAAGGACAGUGAUGGUUGAAGUCCUAGAGGAAAGCAGUAUUACCGAAAAGGAGCAGUUUGACUGUAACACCAUCAAGGACUACCUGGAGGACAUGGGCACCAAGUAUGCAAGUGCCUCAGUCUGCCAUCCGCAAAGUAAUGGCCAGGCAAAAGCAGCAAACAAGUUGAUCCUAACAUCCUUGCAAAGGAAGCUGGAGGAAUAUAAAUACCUAUGGGCAGACCUAGUCCCAGAGGUCUCGUGGGCAAACAGAACCACUAAGAAGGAGUCCACUGGUAAAAGCCCUUUCACCCUGGCCUAUGGGGCUGAUGCAGUCGUCCCAGUGGAAGUGCAAAUUCCCAGCCUAAGGAUACAACAUUAUAAGCAACAAGGAAACGAAAAGCGCAUGCUAGAAGAGCUAGAUUUCCUGCCAGAAGUAAGGCUAAAAGCAGCUCUCAAGCUGGUAGCACAGAAGAGCAGGAUUUCAAAAGCUUUCAACAAGAGGGUCAAGCAUAUAGAGCUCCUGCCCGGAGAUUUAGUCCUCAGAAGGACAACAGCAGUGGGAAGAGGAAAUCAGCAUGGAAAGUUGUCAGCGAAAUAG